AUGGCAAACAAUCUUCAAGAUCCCUUAACCACUUCCCCUAAACCAAAUCUAACCAAAGAAGAACAACAACUUGACGAAGAAACGGUGAGCUUGCAAGCAGAGAGGCUCGUGAAUACUAUGGCCUUCCCAAUGGUUCUCAAAGCCGCCUUGGAGCUUGGUGUCAUCGACACGAUCGCUGCGGUAGAUAAAGGCGUGUGGCUUUCGGCUUCUGAGCUUGCAAUUCGUCUCCCAACCAAACCCAACAACCCAGAGGCACCGAAUUUGUUGGACCGGAUGUUGGUUCUACUAGCGAGUCACUCGAUCUUGAAGCACCGUAUGGUUGAAAACGGAGAAACCGGAAAGAUCGAGAGGGAAUAUGCAGCUGAACCGGUUUGCGCGUUUUUCUUGAACCGUGGAGAUGGAUCGGGUUCUCUCGCGUCCCUGUUCAUGAUAAACCUAAGCGAAGUCUAUUUCAAGGCUUGGACACAUCUCAAAGAUGUGAUACUAGAAGGAGAGGAUGCAUUCAGCUCUGCUCAUGGCAUGAGAUUUUUCGAAUACAUUAGUUUGAACGAAGGAUUCGCUGAGAAUUUUAGCCGGGGAAUGUCAGGAGCUUCCACAUUAACGAUGAAGAAGGUUUUAGAAGUUUACAAAGGUUUCGAAGAUGUGAAUACUUUGGUGGAUGUGGGAGGAGGAAACGGAACCGUUAUAGGUCUAGUUACUUCUAAGUAUCCUCAGAUUAAAGGCAUCAAUUUCGAUCUAGCCUCGGUGAUAGCCAAUGCUCCUCCUUAUCCAGGAGUGAAGCAUGUUUCAGGAGAUAUGUUUAUAGAAAUUCCAAAAGGAGAUGCUAUCUUCAUGAAAUGGAUACUACAUGAUUGGAAUGAUGAAGAUUGUGUAAAGAUUUUAAAGAAUUGUUGGAGAAGUCUACCUGAAAAAGGAAAAGUGAUAAUAGUCGACAUGAUCACGCCGAUAGAAUCAAAAGUCAACGAUUUUUCUUCUAACAUUGUGUUUGCCAAAGACAUGGUGAUGCUAACGCAAUUCUCGGGUGGUAAGGAGAAGUCUUUUCCCCAACUCAAGAAUCUGGCUUUUGAUUCGGGGUUUCUUAGUUGUGAAAUCAUUUGUCGUGCAUAUUCAUAUUAUGUUAUCGAAUUCCACAAAUGA